GCACCAACCACACAUCUCCACCUGUUGCUAAGUGACUGAUUAAUAGAAAAGGCUAAAGAAUGGACAUUUAAAUUCCCAUACAAAAAUGUUUUUUAAAGAGAAUUAGUUGAAUGGGAUGUACAGAUAACGACAAAAAAAAAAAAACCCUAAAGGUUUCUAUAAUUGUACUCUUGGAUUGUGAAAUCUUCAAUCCAGCCACCACAAAGGUCUUCUACAGAUUUCAAAAUCUCUUUGCACAUCUGUGCUUUAGUGCAUUUUACCAAGCGGUCUGAAUAUCCAUUUAUAGAAAAGAAGAACUUCUUAAUUUUCUUGUUUUUUUACUGAGACAUUUGCUCACUAGAAUUCUGCAAGCUUGUCUUGCACAUUUUCACACAGGAAGAGGUGUUAUAUGACCUGCUUUCUUAUGCGCUAAAGCGAUUUAUACACUUAAGCUGUAUAAGGCAUAAGUUGCAUCCACGAGACAUUGGUGGAUUCGAUUCACCGUUAAAAAUAAACAUUGAGAAAACACAGACAGAGUGGAAUGGAAUAAGCUAUUUUAAAAGGACAUAACCACUACUAGUUUUCAGGAGAAAAACAAGGCCACUGCAAGAUGAACACUUCUACCUUUGAUCCAGACCCAGACCUAGAGUUGAUGACAACAACGUUUGACUAUGACUAUUCCUCACCGUGCAAAAAUGAAGAUGCCCAAAAGUUUGGUUCUCAGUUUCUGCCACCACUUUAUUCUUUGGUGUUGCUUUUUGGCCUUGUGGGCAAUGCAUUAGUUGUUCUGAUCCUGAUAAAAUACAAGAGACUGAAAAACAUGACUGAUAUCUACCUCCUACAUUUGGCCACCUCAGAUUUGCUUUUUGUAUUUUCUCUACCAUUCUGGGCAUACCAGGCAGCACAUAAUUGGAUUUUUGGAGAUGCAAUGUGUAAAAUUCUUUCAGGGAUCUAUUGCUUGGGCUUUUAUAGUGGAAUCUUUUUUAUAAUACUUUUGACAAUAGAUAGAUACCUAGCAAUUGUCCAUGCAGUAUUUGCUUUGAAAGCCAGGACUGUUGUCUAUGGCAGCCUCACAAGCUUUGUGGUUUGGUUUGUUGCUGGAUUGGCCUCUCUCCCAAUGGUAAUAUAUUAUGGUGCUCAAGAUUUGACCUGCAGUCUUCAUUUUUCACAUCAUUCUCAGAGCCACUGGAAUCAAUUCUUAACUUUAAAGAGGAUCUUCCUGGGACUUGUUGUUCCCUUGAUCAUUAUGAUCUUCUGCUACACUGAAAUUAUAAGGACACUACUGAGAUGUAGGAAUGAGAAAAAACACAAGGCAGUCAAGCUUAUUUUUCUCAUAAUGAUUGUUUAUUUUCUCUUCUGGACACCAUACAGCAUUGUUCUUCUUCUACACAUUUUUCCAAAGGCAGUUUCUCUUAAUAACUGUUACAGCAGCAAUCAGGUUUUGGUUGCAAUCCAAGUAACAGAAUCUAUUGCAAUGAUCCACUGUUGUAUUAACCCCUUGAUCUAUGCCUUUGCUGGAGAGAAAUUUAGGAAAUACCUUAAUAGCUUUUUCAGAAAGCACAUUUCAAUUAAGUGCUCUAAGUAUUGUCCAGCUCUCUAUACUGAUAGAUGUGAACGGGCCAGUUCCACAAACACCCAGUCUACUGGGGAGCAGGAAUUCUCUGCUGUUCUGUAAAAUGUGUCUAAGACAUAGUUAUAUUGACGUGUAUGGAAACAGCUGGAAAAGGAAAAAAGCUGUUUGAAUACUGGCUUAAAGGAGGCAAUAAUUUGUGUGUUGACAAUAUAGAAAACAUGCACAUACCAUCAUCAGUGGCAAUCCCUUACAGUCAAGGAUGACUGUCUUCCAUGAUGGCCUUAUCUGUGGGUUGAAAGAUGGCUGAUGAGGCCAAUUCAGGAUUGACAAGCUCUGUUACAGGUAGGGCACAUGUUUCCAUGUAGGGUGGGUGGUUCUGGAUUCUUGAUUCUGUCUGCAGCACACUGUUUCUGCUGUUCCUGCUUAUCUGUCUCCUGCUGUCACUGUAAGAUUUCAAAGUAAGAUGCAUGUACUAAUACCCACACACAAUCUGCAUUUGCUUAUACUGAUGGCUAUUUGUAUAUUGAAAAAGUAGAUGUACAUACCAAGUUACUUAUGUAAAUAAAGACUUUUGCUGACUUUUGCUGUGAUAAUAGACAUGCGCUCGCUUUUUGGUAAAUGCCAUGUGUAUGCAGUCCUUAGAAAAAAUUAGUCUUACACUCUGAGGGUGCUUACAGAAGUUACAGAAAGGCACCUCAAUGUCGCUGAAACUUUGUGCUUUACACAAAGCGCUUUCAGUUACAGUAUCAUCUAAACUAAUAGAUGUUCAGCAUUUGGUGGUGGGGGCAUUACAAUUUUUGUACUACAAAAAAAUUCCAUUUGGGAGAUGGUGGCUUUUGCACUUCCUCUGACCCAGCUGCAUUUGGCCAUCAGCAGAGACAGGAUUUUGGAUUAGAUGAACCACUGUCCUGGGGCACCAACCUGCCCUGGCUUACAGACAGAUCCCCACUUCCCCUCACCCCCUGUCAAAACUUAAAUGGCAUUUUUCAAACAACAGAUUAAUGAACUCCCAUUUUCACCAAGGCACCCAGUCUUGCAGUGGACCCAAAUGUCCCUAUAUCACUAAUGGACCUAAUAACAAGGA